CUUGAAAUCGUUCCUCGACUUAUGAAUUGGUUGGCUUGUCUGACAGAGUAGUCUCUCACGGAUUUGAAGGAUCGAACGCCUCCUAUCAUGCCUUGGCGAUCCUAAGAAGCUCCUGUCAGACAUGCCCUGCUUGUCCAUUUUGCGAUCUUGGGCCACUGUGAGAGGCAGACCACGUGACAAGGCGUAAGGCUGUCUUGGCAUUCACUCUCCUGAUUCGUCCUCCAGUUUGACUGAACUGUUUGUUGAUGCUUGCUAUGAGCGACACACCUCUACAGACCAUUCAUCCAGCAUCUUAAAAGCAUAGUGUGCUCGAAAGUCUCGAACGAGUUGUUUUCUGUCACCAGUCGAGCUUGAUUGAGCUUGCGAGUGGUUGUUGCACGAUUGAAGGCGAAGUGAGAGGCCGAAAUAUAGACGUGCUCGGUUUGAGCUUUCUCAAGACAUACAAGCAACACCUGGUUUCCACGGGCACUGGCCAUCUCGCCAAUAUGGCGCGCUUCUAGCAGCUUUCGGGCCUUGCGCAAAGACACACUGAUUCAAGCAGCUGUGCAGGCGUGCUCAGAUCAGGAUGACAAAUCUUCUUCCGGCGGGCUAUGGCGGUCCUUCGGAUCGACCUAGGUUCCCCAACCCGAUACCGAAACUUGAGGAGCCUCCACACAUCUCUGGCGAUACGUCAAUGAGAGAUACACCGGACAUGUCUGGUGACCUCGACCAUCGUCUGAAGAUAGAGACUUCAGAGGAGGAGUACGAAGACAGUCUACUGUCCGACACGUCGUCUGAAGCCGACGAGAUUCCGAAAUCACAGCGCGGCCUGCCUGUUUCUCAAUUACCCACCGGGCUAUGCUACGACGACCGCAUGCGGUAUCAUGCCGAAGUCGCGGCUACGAGUGGUGAGAAUGUCCACCCCGAGGAUCCGAGGCGGAUCUACUACAUCUACAAAGAGCUCUGCGAGGCCGGGCUUGUAGAUGACAAGAAGUACCCUCCCAUGGUGAAGAUGCCGUUGCUGAGGAUCGACGCGCGAGAAGCGACGAGAGAUGAGUGUUUGCUUGUGCAUACGAGAGAUCAUUACGAAUUCGUCAAGAGCACUGCGGAAAUGUCCGACGAGAAACUUAUCGACCUCUCUGACGAGGCUAACAUGGACUCCAUCUACUUUAAUGCCCUGUCAUAUUUCUCGUCGAAGUUGUCAGCUGGUGCGGCGAUCGAGACUUGCAGAGCUGUGUUCUCACGCAAAGUUAAGAAUGCGAUUGCUGUGAUUCGACCGCCGGGACAUCAUGCUGAAGUCGAUCGGACGAUGGGGUUCUGCCUGUUCAACAACGUCUGCAUUGCGUCGAAGGUGUGCCAGAGCGACUUCGGCGACGAAUGUAGGAAAAUAUUGAUAGUGGAUUGGGAUGUGCAUCACGGCAACGGCUGUCAGAAAGCAUUCUACCAAGACCCGAAUAUCCUCUACAUUUCAUUACACGUGCACAUGAAUGGCAUGUUUUAUCCCUCAGGAAACGAUGGCGAUAUGUUCCACUGCGGCGAGGGUCCCGGACUGGGAAGGAACGUCAACAUCCCCUGGCCAACAAAAGGCAUGGGCGAUGGUGAUUACAUGUAUGCCUUCCAGAAUGUGGUCAUGCCUAUUGCAACUGAAUUUGACCCCGACUUCGUUAUUGUCGCCUCGGGCUUCGAUGCCGCUGCUGGUGACGAGCUCGGUGGGUGUUAUGUGACACCGCCUUGUUAUGCUCACAUGACGCAUAUGCUUAUGUCGUUGGCCGGGGGGAAGAUUGCUGUCUGCCUCGAAGGAGGUUACAAUUUCCAUGCCAUAUCGAAAUCUGCGCUCGCGGUCACACGCGUCUUAAUGGGCGAGCCGCCGGACAGAGUGCAAGCCACGCAAGCAAGCCAGCAUGCAGUAGACACUGUUGCUAAAGUUCGGACCGUGCAAUCGAAAUACUGGAGGAGCAUUUAUCCGAAAGAUCCAAUCGGCGGCAUCUUCGGUGGCGAGAGAUUACAUGAUAUCAUCCGGCAAUGGCAAGCGCAACACCUGUAUGACAAAUACAAGUUGACGCAGUUACACAUCUUCCGCGACAACAUAUCGAAGUCGUUCGAGCAGCAGGUCCUUGCAACACCGAAUUACGAGACGAAGAAGCGCCUUCUGAUCAUCUUCCACGACGCACCUGAUCUUCUCGGCCAUUAUAACGGUCUAAGCACACAGCAGAAACUACAUGACACCUGGCUGGUUGACGGCGCGCAGUCGUACAUCAAAUGGGCCGUCAGCCACGGCUUCGCCGUCAUCGACAUCAACGUGCCCCAACAUAUUACCAUCAACGACGAAGACAGUCCUGAGUAUCACGACACGGACGUCGAGUACGCUAGCACCAUGACCGAUGUCGCGAGAAAGGAGGGGGAAAAGCUCGCGCAGUACUUAUGGGAGAACUACGUCGAGCCGUGGGACUUUCCUGGCGGGAUCUUCCUGAUGGGUGCCGGCACUGCGUUCCAUGCGCUCGCCAAGUUGGUUAGUGAGAACGGUACGUUUCUGAUUCCCACACAUCCUAUUAUUCUUUCCUCUUUCUUAUUCACUUGCCGCCCAUGGUCCGAGACGCGCGCGAACACACAGACACACCCUCCCCCUUCCAUUCCACUCCUUUCCUUUCUCGCUCAAUCACUCAACCUGUGCACCCCACGCGCCAAGUUUGCGGAAGAACCAUGACAGGAGAAAUACUUUGUUCCAAUGGAGUGGAAAUGAAAACGAAAGGGAACAUUAGCAUCAGGAUUACAAUCAGGAUCAGGAUGAACGCUAAUCCAUCAUCGCCGACGAAACAGAGAAUGUCUACCCCUCCCUCCUCGGCAUAAUAGGCUUCAUCGCCACGAAUCCGAUCCGGCCCAUCUCGAACCCGUCCUCGCACUGGGUCAGCCAAUGGUACCGCGAGAAUUCCUUGGUCUAUGUCUCGCACGUGCACAGCCUGUGGAAGAAGGAGAACAAACCCUCGCGCAAGUACGGCAGACUGGUCCAGAGCGGCGGCGCGGUGCUCAAUGUCAUGAUGAAGAUGCACGAGGACGAAGUCACGGACUGGAUCAAGGAGAAGGUCCGCGAGGCCGAGGGGUCGGAUGUCGCAGAGAGUAUCAUCGACAGCGCCGCUGACGAGGAUGGCGACGACAAGGACAAGGAUGGUGCGGUGAGCGACUCGGGCGAUACGAUCGAUGAUCCUGCGGCGACUGGUGCUGGUGCUGGUGGAAGUGGUAGUAGUAUGGAUGUUGUGGCUGCUGCGAGGAGUGGUGUUAUGUCUGGUGGUGGUGGUGGUGGGUUGGCGGCUGGCGUGGCGAGUCAAGGGACUACGACGGGCCAGAGGAUCUCCAUGGCUGGCGGUGGUGAUGUGUAUAUGACGACGGAGCGUUGAGAAGGUGCCGGAUGCGAGGUGCAAUGUUGUUUGUGUCAAAUGAUGGGGGAAGAGAGAUUAAGAGUGUGACUGCUACUGCUACUGCUUGAAGGACAAUGAACAAUGAACGAACUACUUGAGCAUGCAAGUCGGGGAAUGUGUGCCUAGAGUAGAGGUAUCUCAUCAUAAAGCGUUUGCUAACUAGUAGCUAUGCGUCAAUGGCACGGCAAUCCCAUGAGAAGGUCGUGAAAUGAGUAUGUAAGACUGUGAAUAUGAUAAUGAUC